CCAAUGGGCAGCCAGGGAUUCGAUGUCAGCAAAUUCCUGGACCGCGACGUCCACGACAUCGGGGUUCGCUUCCCAGAUUUGGAAGUCUUCGUUCCUUGCACGGUGCCGAGUGGCAGCCUCGGCAAGACCUCGGAACAAUGCUGCAGACUUAUCGAGUGGCUGCCCGUCUGGAACCGGGUGCUCUCCCACUUCGGCUUGCAGCUGCAGGAGCUCACGGCGCCCGGUGAACUGUCCCUGGUACGGAUCUCCCACGUGGGAGACCAACAAGAAGUGCGCGGCCGCGACGCCAGGCUCCUGGUCCACGUCCUCCUGUCCCGGCACCGGUGCCUUGUGAGCAUUCACCUGGACGACGCCCUGGUCGAAGGAUGUGGUCUCCUGGAGUGGCGGGACCGAGUCAUCAUAACCCUUUGGCGCAACCGUAGCGUGCGGUCGCUGAUCCUCGGCAGUCUAUUCCACGACUACAGGUUCAUCCAGGAGGAGUUGUUCUCGGCGAUCGGCUUGACAACGAAUUUGCAACGGUUGGAGAUCACUGCUUCCGGAGAGGUUACCCCACGCCUUGUCGACUCGCUCUGUGUCCUCCUGUACACUGGCUGUCUGUCAACCCUGUCCAUCCCAGGACUCUCCUUCGACGAAGAAGCCACCGAGCGGCUACUGGACGCUCUCCAAACGAACACCACACUCUUAGACCUGUCCUUGCCUGGCAGCGUCCUACGCUGCCGUAAUUCGGCCGACGUGCCCAAGUUGUGCAGUUACCUGGCCUCUAAAGCGUCGCUGUGGCAUCUAGCCAUAAUAGGAACGCAUUCGAAGCCCGAACAGAUGAGACAAGCCAUUGCGUGUGUGCUGGCGGUACUGGCAGCAAGCGGCAACCUGCAGACGCUGAGACUUUCCGGCUUCCUGUUGGACGGGGACUGCGCGUGCGCGCUGUCCCGACUCGUGGCCCGACACGAUGGACCACUGCAGCAACUGGACGUCAGCGGCUGCCAAUGGACGUCGGGCGAUUCGCCCGCCAGUGUUGACGCUGCGACUGAUCGUGACCAACCGGACGCAUCCCCUGCCGACACUGCACCUCACCUCUGGCUGGCGCCGUUCGACGAUUUCACGCUGGUCACGCUGGAGUCGCUCUCGAUCAACCUCGAGGGCUGCAAGCCGGACGACUACACGGCUCUCUUCAUUGUCGCCGCCGUCAUCGAGUCGCUCAAGAGGAUUACGGUUACCGGCGUGUCGUUGAGCGAGCUACCGCGAGUCUGCCGCGCUAUCCGCGAGGCCGGAGCGGGAGAAAAGGUCCGCAUAAAGAACGAGUAUCUGCUCGAUUUAAAGAAGCUGGGCGCGCUUGACCACUGCCGAGAGCAAAUCGGCGAGCUCGUCCUGAGUUGGCGCAGUGACCCGAGCGUGGACUCGUUUUGCAAGAGCGUGCAGCUCGUGUCUUCCUGGCGCCACCUCAAUACGCUACGGCUCAUCCUUUCGCAAGAGGCCCUCGAUGACGUGUCCACUUCCUGGUCCUUGAGUGGCUACAUCAAGACGGCUACCCGGCUGAGGGAGCUCGAGCUGGCGGGCUGUGACAAUCCGCACCUAGGCGACUCCCUGGUGGCUGAGAAUGGACCACACAGCCUUAUCCUGGACGCCGCCUUCUCCAAUGAGGGCCUGCGAGUUCUGAGACUUGGCGGGAUUCGCCUGGGUGAAGUCAACGGGCGCUUUCUGGUCGGCGCGGUGCUUUCCAACGAGACGCUGCGCGAGGUCGAAGUUUGUUCCGGCGACGAAGGGGAGAACGAGGAGUUGCUGAGACUGCUCGCCGCAGAUUUCGAGACCAAUCGCACCUUAUUGAAAUGUGUCCUUCCGGAAUGCGCCGCUCGCCAUACGGAAGCCUGGACAAGAGCCAGCAUAGAAGCCGUUAUCAGUCGCAACGUGGGCUACGUCACGUGCGCCGCGCAAUUUGCGGCCUGGGAGAAGGAUCCGACGCGGUGCUCGAUAGCCCUGUCGUGCAUACCGAAGAGCCGAGCACUGAUCGACAGGGUUCAAGAAAUCGCCCACGUCGGCGAGGCUGAGGCGAAGAAAUUAAUUUUAUCUCGUUCGUCCCAAGGUCGAACCAUAUAGAGGAUUUCUUAAUGGGUUCACUUCCAGCGAAUUUCAUGUGCAGUUAGACAAAGAAGGCCAAGAUGCUUUCGGCUAUUGUAAACUUCAUUUGUCAUUUUGUUUUUAUUGGACUAUUCACGCAUACAUGACGCCCAGUGCGGUAAUGAGGCUACACGUUGAUACCUCAGUGCUUUCACUGCAAAGGCUAAUUGCUCGCUCUCGAUGCACGCAGCUACUCUGUUACAGCAGUCCGGAUUUUCUAUACGGCCGGGCGCCGUCACGUCAAUCCCAUGAAUAUUUUUUUUGUAUGAUGUGUGUUCACUGUUAUAUCUGUAGUCUCUACUGGGCGUCCCAAAUUGUUCAAAUUUGACAUCGACACUUUUAGCAUUGACAAUAUCGAAGAUUUUAAAGUCCGAAAUAAACGCACUCUGUGCUUUCACCAAUC